AAUACAACUGGUAUGUGAGCAUUACUUGCUGGUUAUCUGUAGUUCACCAUCAGACUUAAGAAUGUUUCACGUGUAUCCUUCUGCAUACAAAGGAGAUACGUACUUCGCUGUGUUGAGGUCAUCCAGCUGUCGAUAAUUCUCGAUGCGAGUGUUUGAAUUCCAUUGCAGUGUGCUUAUUAUCGACGUCAUGUGUUAAUGUCAACUUCGCUUUGUUUCUUCGAAGGCUUUCCUAUAUCAACUGGACUCUGUCAUCUUCUCUGAAGAUCGUGUUCACUUGACUUUGCGCAAGGUUGUGAGUGGCAUAAUCGCCGAGUCUCAAAGGUCUCAGGUUCUAUACGUUCGUGCUUAGCUGGGGAGAGGAUGAACUAGUCUUUGUGCGUUGUAAAUACAGAUCCAAUUGUCUGGGAGCGACCUGCAAUCUUUUUGUUUGAAGGGUACAUAGCACUUUUAUGUGGCAGCUUUAUAUUUUUGGCGCUGGUGGAUACUAACGCUGGCAACUCUUGGAGAGAAGUUGUUCCGACUCACAAUUCCAGGUCUAUCUCAGUGGGCACCACGGCUUUGCAAAGAGAGCAUCGCGUCCAUAUGAGCAAAGACUUCUACCGUGCAGGAAUCCAACUGUCCCGAUCUCUCUCUUCCUCUCUUUCCUUGCACGGUGGUCGGGGGGCCGCCCCCAGUGAAGGCGGUCGUCCCUCUGACCUAUCUGCACUUGCUGGGGGAGGUUUUCUCUCAAACUUUCACCACGGUGCUGAUCCUUAGGGGGGGGUGCUAGGGAGAAUUUUCUGCUCAGGUAACAGGAAGUGUCUAGGAGACUAUUCAACCUGCAAAAAUGUUGACGAUCAGGAGAGUGGAGACAGUGGUUUCCAUGCAACAGCAGCUGGACCAAGGCUCCGGUUGCGGUCGCGAUUGCCUUGGCAACUGUUGUAUUCGUGGAACCAAGUUACCCUUAUACACCUUUGGUUUGAAAGGACUUUUGUCUUCCAAUAAAAGUGUCCACGAUAUCGAUGAGAGCCACUGUGUACCUGACGAUGUUGGAUGUCAUGCCAACCCUCCGCAAGAAAACUAUUUCCUCGACGAACUACUUGCACAGUGGGAGGAUCGCAUGGAGCGGGGGUUUUUCCGUUAUGACGUGACAGCUUGCGAAACAAAGAUGCUCCCAGGGGAGUAUGGUUUCAUAGCACAACUGAACGAAGGAAGACACUCUCAAAAGCGUCCCACGGAGUUUCGGGUUGAUCAAGUUCUCCAGCCCUUCGAUUCCAAAAAGUUCAAUUUCACUAAAGUUGGCCAAGAGGAGGUGUUGUUUCAAUUUGGGCCAAGCGAGGAUGGUGUGAGCGAGUACUAUGAGAAAGCUUUAGUGCUUAACAGUCCCAAUGUGGUUGCCAUCAAUGUUAGCCCAAUCGAAUAUGGGCAUGCACUUCUAGUUCCUCGAGUACUGGAUUGCCUACCGCAACGAAUUGAUCAGGAUUCUUUCUUACUGGCUUUGUAUAUGGCUGCGGAGGCGAACAAUCCUUACUUUCGCUUGGGCUACAACAGCCUAGGUGCAUUCGCUACAAUCAAUCACUUACAUUUUCAGGCUUACUACCUGGUUGCUCCCUUUCCUAUUGAGAGGGCACCCACCUCUAGAAUAACUUAUGGCAGAAAGAAAUGUGGUGUGAAAGUGCACGAGCUCACUAAGUUCCCAGUCAGGGGUCUUGUAUUCGAGGUGUGCACCAGCUUGGAGGAUCUUUCUAUAGCCGUUGGGAAUGCCUGUGUUUACCUCCAAAAUGAAAACAUACCUUACAAUGUGUUAAUAGCUGACAGAGGCUCAAGAGUCUUCCUUCUGCCACAGUACUUUGCUGAACGACAAGCCCGAGGCGAGGUGGAUCAAGAGAUUUUAGAGACUCAAGUAAAUCCUGCUGUGUGGGAAAUCAGCGGCCACAUUGUGCUCAAACGAAGGACGGAUUAUGUCCUUGCAACCGAGGAGUACGCUUGGAAAUUACUUGCUGAGGUUUCUCUCUCUCGUGGGCGAUUCGAAGAAGUGAAGGUAAAAUGCUUAAAGGCUGCGUUCCACGAAGUUUCUGACGGCGAUGACCAUGAAAUGGCUGCAACUAAUGCUGAAUCUAUUAAUUUCAUGGCGAAGUUCGCCCCUUCGAAAGUCAAUCUUCAGUCUAAUAUGUUGGAUGUUGUUUUGAAUCAUGGAGAAGAAUUGAGUGUGGAAGGUUAAGAGCUCAGUUAUUAUUUGAACUCUUAAACAGUGCAGCUUGACAUGCCUAGGUUUUCGCUUUAUAGAGUACAUUACACCAGUCAUUGUGGUAAAACUUUUUGAUGCAUGAUAAGCUUUAUCGAUGCCAUUUUGAUAUUUUUACUUGCAACCCACAAUGGCCAAAUACUUUAACACAAUUUCCAGAGGAUAAUUUUGGUUUGGACUAUCUUAAUUUUGUUUACAAAGAUUAUAUAUAAAAAUUAGGAAAAUUGAAA